AUGGAUCGGUUCUCGGAUGUGGAGGAGCUGGAUAUGCCGAUGGAGCGGCCUGCGCAUACGGUCCACGACACACCUGCCCCGAUCUUUGCUGGCGCCCCUGGCUGGAAGAAGGACUUCUGCAACAACCGUAGAGAAGAAGCCCACUCCAGCCUCAUCCACCGCCACCUCUAUGGGAGACCCUAUCGAGAGCUCUCUGGCGCAUAUAUGGUCCUCCGUCAUCUCACACGGUUUGGUAGCCACCUUGGCAGUGGCGUAUCGACGCAGUUCUGUCUUCACUUCAAGGACGAGUAUGAUGCGCAUCGGACGUCGGCCGUGUGGUAUACGGCGGAUACUCUCAGCGAACUGAAAGAGUCCGACAUAGACGGGUGCGCGGCUAUUGCCGUGGUCUGCCCGCACCCCGUACAGGGGAAGCUGAGGCCGACGGAGGACGACGUCAGGGCUCGCCUCAAGCCCUACUACGAUCGCAUCAUCCCCUCAAGUCAGAGCGCCAAGCUCUUCUACGCGACAUUCUCGACGACUGACGCUGCCCUUGCGGCUCUUCAUCGCAAGGACCUCGACCGUACCGGCGCUGGCUUCGUCGUCGAAGUAUACGACUGCUCGAUCGUUCGAGUCACGCUCGAAUUCCACGAGAAGAUGGAUCAGAUUGCAGCCGUCAUGAUCAAUAAGUUGGCGAGCUAUGGGGUGCUAUUGCAUACCGACGUACAAAUGCGAGUGAUCAGCUCCCGAACGGUCGAGUUCGCAUUUCCGACAACCCAGAUAGCGCGCGCCUUUGCUUUGAGCACACUAUACAGAUCGCCAGCCAUCACUCCUUACUUCAAGCCUAUCUACUGUUCACCUCGCCAGCAGUGCCCCCGCGAUGAGCAAGCCGAGGCGCCACCUCCGUAUUCCGCAUUCAAGACGCCACUCGCCUCCCGCGAGAUCAACAUAUCGCGCACGAAUUGCGACGAGCUUAAGCCCUCGCGCUACAUCAAAGAGAAGACCUCUGAUCUUAGCUCUUCGGACGGUACAGAGAAGCAGUCUAUUGAAGAAGCUCCCUCACGCGACCCGCCGAACUACGCAACAUAUACGCCGCUUGUCUAUCGCAAGAUCAAGGAUAUCUCCCCGCGCGGCAAAGGGAACAAGUCGAUUACUCCUGCUGCCAGUGAUUCUGCCGACGUCUACAAGAACUCCGCUGGCUUAUUGUCUUCGCGCGACAAGGCGGAGAAGCCCCAGGAUGUCAGCUCAGCGGCGACACCUGCGCGCAGCACCGCUGCGAUCCGCAGGCGCUCACGACCUCCGGAACCGUCACCCUUCGCUGUUCACAAGGCUCCACCUCCGCUUCCCGCGGAUCUCGCAAGUGAAGCCGCUAAGCGCAUGGUUCAAAUACGCGAGUUGCACGACGUGAUCCAGCGCGCCACCCAAGAAGUCGCUACCCUCGAUCGGCAGAGGGAGUUCUACAAGCGACGACUUGAGGCUGUACGCGGCGAAGCUGACGGCGAGGUACACCCAGGAGACAGCGAGCUCGUGCUGAAGAUGGAGCUCCAGGAGAACGAGAUGGACAUGAUGAACUCUGCCGCGGAGCUGGAGACUUCGAAAGCCAGUCUGCGCAUCUUGUGCGAGGGGUUCGAACAAUUCAAGGACAAGCAUAGGCAAGUCUUCAAGGCCGACGUCGAUCCGCUCCGCGUAGCAAAGAAGCCUGCGAUCUCCUCGGCGCGCAACGCGACUCCCCAGAACCGCAAGGCCGUGGUCCAGUCUUCUCAGCAACUCUCCUCGCUUGACAGAGUACAAGGCGCACGGGCCUCCUCCACGCGCGACGAGGCGGGGAAGCGUUCUGCUCCGAUCGUGUCCUCUCACGACGUGGCAGGGAAGCCUGCUCAGCAUGUCUUUUCACGCGGGAGCGAUCAAGCAAAGCCGUCCUCGGGCUCGGUCCGUUCGCGUGGCAAGAAAUCCUCUUAUCCAGCCCUGGCGACGACGAACCCAUUCGCUAAUAGAGCUUAUUCUCACGACCGAGCACAGAAAUCCGCUCCGUCUACCUCUUCACGCCACGCGGGCAAGUCUGCUACUUCAGACUCAGCCUCUCGUGCCACCUUGACGGGCAAUGGAGCUAUGCCGAACGCCAAAUCGAGCGCUGCGAUAGCGAGUGAGAACCCGCUGAAUCAAGCCAGGAGCGAUCCGGCAUUAACACGCAGACGCCGAGCGCCAUCGACACCAGCGCCUUCGACACACGGUCCGACCCGCCAGACAAUCGCAGACCAUCCCCCGCGUAGACUAGCACAUCAAGAACGCCGAGCUCGCACGCCCGGUCCAUCCGAGCAUGCGGCGAGCGCGCGCGCCACCGAUGCGUCUAGUUCACUCGAGUCCGACAUUGAGAAUACGGAGGACGACAUACAACGCAAACUCAACAAGAUUGAGACUCUCAAGUGCAAGAAGCAGGCUUACGAGCGACGACUGGCUAUCCUCAGAGGCGAGAUUGACGGCGAGGGGCGCGUAGGAGAUACGGAGCAAUAUUUAUUCGGCAAGCUCUGGGAGAACGAGGGGGAUCGGAAACUGUUGGAAGAAGAGCUCAAGGGGCUGCAACUUCACUCGCGAUAUCUGUACUUCACUCGUUGCGAGCGAGAAAGGCGCAGAUGAGACUUGGUAUAUUCCACGGGAAAUCUCUUGAUUAAGCAUUAAAUUUGAAUGACAUGCCCUAUGAUUACAAGGAAGGCGUUAGCGAC